CGGCCCAUAAAAUGAAAAAUAAGUCUAGAAAUUACUUUUCCAUUGAGGCCCAAAUAUUUUCCCUAAAAAAUCAAGGUAUUCCUAUUUUCCAUCGUUGCUCGCUGCUCUCUCUCUCAUCCUCAAGCUCGCUGCUCUCGCUCUCUUAUCUUCAAGAUCUGCUCUCACAAGAUUAGUAUUAGUUAUGGAACCGGAGCGUGGAUUGUCUACCCAAAAAUCAUCUAAGAUUCUAAUGCUACAGUGAAUGUUCGAGGUUAUAAAAGAAGAUAAAAAGGUCAACUUUCGUUGGUCAAAGGACACGUCAAAGGAAUUACUUUUCGAACAAGUUCUUUUGUGGCUGCUGCGAAGAUUAUCUCUGAGAAGUUUCAAACCAAUUGCACCUCAGAACAUGUGGAGAAUCAUAUGAAAACUGUGAGGAAUGCAUGGGUGGCUAUAUCAACAGUCCAAAACAACUCCGGGUUUGGAUGGAACGAUAACUUGAAGAUGGUGACAGCAUCUCCCACAGCAUAUGCUACUUAUGUUAAGGAAUAUCCAAAAUAUGAAAAGUUUUUGAAUCGAAAAAUUGAUGUGUAUGAGGAGAUGGCUAUAGUACUGGGUAAUGAUUUAGUACGGGGGAACUUCUCCAAGACAUUUGCCAACAUCGAUGUUGAUGCUUCAAUGGAAAGUGGACAACCAAGUAUGACUAUUGAUAGCGUGCCUUCCAAGGCUGAGAGUGGUACCUCGUUGGGCUCAAGGCCACAUCGAAAGAGGUCUCGAAUUGACGAAGGAUCGAAAAUGGAACACAUUUCAGCACAACUUCAAAAAGUGGUUAGUGCUAUUAAAAUUUUUUCAAACAAUCAACUUGAUGUGGAGAAGCUUUAUGACGAAAUUAUAAAGAUGGAGGACAUUGAAGAAGGGGUGCGUGUUGCGGCUUUUGAUCACUUGGUGGAGCGCGAAAUGCUUGCAAAAGCAUUUUUGACAAAAAGCUUGCCACUACGCAAACUUUGGAUGGAAAAGUUUGUCAAAGACCAUAAACAUUAAAGUCUGCUUGCUGGUAGUUUGCUCUUGCUGUCUUCUACUUUGCCUUUUGUUUCCUGCUUCAUGUUGCUGUUCUGCUAUAACUGCUAUGCUGCUGCCUGGUGUUUAUGCUGCUGCUUCAGGCUGCUGGAAGCUGCUUCUCCUGCUCCCUGGUUUGCUGUUGGCUGUUAUAUACAUCCGUUUUUCUUUUCUUAUUUUUUUGUUGUUUGUUUGGCUUGGGUAUAUGUAUUCUUGGGUAUUAGUAGAAGCUUUUUAUUAUUAGUUUGAAGUGGUUAACAUUUGUAGAUCAAAUAUGAAUAACUAUAGAAUUUUAGCUCUUAAAUCAUUUACAAGGGUGUUUUUCAUGUUUUCUUAUUAUUAGUUUGGGUAUUUGGAAAAUAAAUUUCCAAACAAACAAAGGAAAAUGGGAUUCUUGGAAAAUGAAUUUCCUUAAAAACAAACAAAGGAAAACUAAAUCAAAUUUGAGUUUUCCUCCAGAAAAUGGAUUUUCAUGGAAAUUCAUUUUCCAUUAGAUUUGUUUUCCGGCAAAACAAACGGAGUACUACUUUCUGUGCGUUUAAUAUUGUUCUUGCUGAUUUGUGGACUUCUCCUAUUCCUAGCAUUAAUGGGCAUACAUAUUAUCUUGUUCUUGUGGAUGAUAAUACUAAUUAUGUGUGGACUUUUCCUCUUAUAAAUCUUA